CGCCAAAAGCCGCCUCCCGGUCUCACAGCCAGUUCCCUCCUGAAGUUUCAAGGGCCGCCACGUGAUUUCCACGAACUUGGGCUUGCGGCGCCGGGCAGGGCGAAAGCGGCGGCUCCUGGUUUUCCCGGCCGCCCAGCGCUCACUAGAGAAGAGCAGCUGGGGAAGCAGGGGCGGCGCGGCAGCGGCGGCAGGCAGGCAGGCAGGUGUCGGGGGAAACGCCGAGGGCUGCACGCGCGUCCGGGAUGCCCCUCUUUGGGCUUUCCGCUUAGGCAACGGCGGGUGCAGCGAGUCCCGUCCCCACGCGCGUCCCCGGCGCUUGCUGUGGCUACGCUGUUUCCUCCGGAAUCUUAAACGCCCUUUGGCCUCCUGACCGGCCGUCCAAGCUCCUCUUUCUCUUCGGCCAGGAUGUCUCAGGGGAUCCCCGGCGCGGGAAGCAUUUUGGAACGAAGUUCCUCGUCCGAGGGGACCCUGCAGAGCCAUGAUGAUGAUGAAAGACGAGUAAGACGGAGAGAGAAGAACAGAGUCGCUGCUCAGAGAAGCCGAAAGAAACAAACUCAGAAAGCAGAUAAACUCCAUGAGGAAUAUGAAUGCCUUGAACAAGAGAAUACAUCUCUAAAAAGGGAGAUUGGAAAGCUGACAGAUGAAGUGAAACAUCUGAGUGAAGUGCUGAGGAACCAUGAGAAAAUCUGUCCCUUGAUACACUGUGCCUUAAACUUUGGGUUGAUUCCCAGACAUGAAGCCCUUCUUGGUCCCUUGCCAAGAUAAGUCUCCCUCCUGAGCAACCUGAAUGAAUGAGAAGAUUUCAAGAUCCUCCACUAUCAUCAUUUUGGACAUCAUGUUGCAUGGCUACACACAUUCUUAGAGCAGCAUAUGCUACAUCUAGUAUUACCUUGGAGUCCUCCAACCAUCAAGAAUCAAUGUUGAUGUUAAAAAGCCACGAAAUGUAACCUUAUGGGAGCAAUUUUCAGCUAAGCAGGAUGUCUUCACAGUGUUUCUACUAUGUAUUCCAUACUCACCACGGAAUAGGAAAUCUUGUGUGCUGGAAUUGCUAGACUAUAAAAUAUUUUAACUUCAGUUCAGGCUUAACCAUAAUGUAUGGUCCUUAUAAUAAUAGAGAAUUUGGUGGCCAUCAUAGGAAAUGGGGAAGAUGGCUUGAAAUCAAAAGGAUCAUAGAUAUGACAAUCUGUAAUCAAAGGCAGGGACUGCUUUUGCUUCCCAACACUCUGAUUCCACCUGUUUUUCUCUCUUCCAUUUCCUUUUGUGACAAACACCUCAAGUUUUGUGAAAACCUGAUUACCGUAUUUUUUUAAUAUAACUUUAGGAUUGUUUUAAGGUGUGAACAUAUUGUGCGGCAUGAGAUUUGGAAAGCAUAUCUUCAUGCUUCAAUAUAUGAGUCUCUGCAGUGAUGAUCAACUUACAUAUAUUUCCAGCUGCCCCACAAUGGAGUUGAAAUUGCAACAAAGCUAAUAUUUUCUUUGAAGAUCCUUUUAAAUUAUGUAACUCUAUGAAGCUCAUGGGAGCCCAAAAUUCUUCUGGGAAGAAACUCCUUCUCACAUUCCUUUGUCUUCUUCUCUAAUGGCGGCUGGCCAAUUUUGCAGCAGUUCUGGCAAGAUUCUUUACACAUGACCAAACAAAUUUACACAACAUAAAGUAAGGACAUGAAUGGUAGUUACUAGAGGUUGUUUUCAUUUCUCUUUUCUGUAGAGUGGAAUUGACCAAUCGUGUUUAGUGGCAGGACCCACAGCACCAGAGGGCAGAGUUUUGAACGGGUGAUAAUCUUUGCUGUUUUCUAACUUCUCAAGGUCAACAGUGUGAGAACAACUGAAGUUGGUUUGAAACUGUUUCUGACAAUUGGGAAGUGAAAACAAUGUGGCAUGGGAGGUUUUAAUUUAGCAUCCUGAGUUUGCUUUGAAAACUCCUCAUAAAGAAGAAUUGAUCACUUUCCAUGGCAGUUUAUUCCAUUGUUAAAAGGUUGCUUGUUAUAUGUUUUCUAUGUAACUCUGGUAUUCUAAACACAUUGGACCACAUGAAAUGGCCUCUCUCCUUCCCCUUAUUUUCUCCCAAUCCCAUUGUCAGGGAAUAGCUGGUAUACAAGAUGUGCCACAGAAUAUAUGGAAGAACAACAGUUUCAUGAAAAGAAUAGCACAGCUAUUAAGUUGAAGCAACACUUCCCGAAGAAGUACACAAACCCGCAUCCCUCCAAGUAGUUACAUUUGAAGAGCUUAGUGGGGGAGCAAAAAGGUCUAUUGUGUUUUUUCUGAUUUUUUAAAAAAAAUUUAAUGGUUGUGUUAUUUGGUUAACUUUAAUCCUAGGACCAACUCAGAAUCACAAAUGGAAGAUUAGCAGUUAGAUUGAUUGAUUGAUUGAUUGAUUGAAUGAAUGAAUGAAUGAAUGAAAUAAAAGAGCCAAAUACAAAAAUAACUGACAAGGAGAGAAUUUCAAUUUUAUUCUCCCUACCUGCUUCUCCCACGGAUACCCAUGGCUUGGGUAUCCAGAGGAGUCUGGGUGUAUAGUGGAAGUAUAACUCCCAUUUACCCAAACCUAACUGUGCUUGAUUUAACAGCCACAGUCCACAUUCUUAUUUCUUUCUGGAGACAUAACAGACUUUUUAGGAAAUAAGGUUGCAGCUGAAAAUUCUUCUCAUUUAAUCUUUGUUCUUGUGCCUUUAUAGUUAAUUGCCUUUGACUUGAAUUUUUUUCUUGGCAGUGCAAUUACAAAUAAUCUUUCCUUUUUUACUUAAUAUCAUAUAUAUCUUCCCUGCAUACAUAAAAGUUCUCCUUUUGCUUGCAAUUCAUGUAAUAGUUUUUUAAAGCGGUUUUUUAAAAGUUUAAAGUGGUUUUUUAAAAGUUUAAAGUGGUUUUUUAAAGGUAUUACAAUAAUAAUAAUAAAACCACUUUAAACCCUUAGAAACCCACUUUAAAAACAAUCUAUUACAUGUAUGAGUUUCUGUUUCCUUAUAGUUCAAAAUUUAAAGUUAAUUGUAUUUUCAUUGAAUUUUCUGGAUUGUUGAGUACCUGCACUGUUUUUUCUCCUUGAGAAGCACUGUAGGGUCCUGAAUAUUCUUCAUCAUUUAUGCCCUUGCCUUAGCAUCCUUGACAAUUUUUGCUUUUGAUAUACUUCUGCACCCAUGAUGCAGGACUUCUGCACAAUGUUUAUACUGGGAAAACUAAUAAUGCAAUUAUUAUGCUUGUUUUAUCAAGCCCUAAUUCUAUUCAGUGGUGUUUAAGCUUCUAGUAAAAUAUAUUGGAAAAAUGCUGCCUUAGCAGAGAAAUGUGGUUGUCUGCAAACUGGUAACGGUUUCUUAGCAGCUACGGGUGCUCAUAGACUGCUAAAGUUGAAUAUGCCUUUCUAUAGCCUGAAAUAGAUGCCAGUGAAAAGCCAGAGCCGGCUUUAAGAAGCAAGCCCGACUUUCAAUACCGUAAUUACAGGAGUCAUUGCUUCUUGCUUUACAAUGCUGUGAAAGGGAACUCGUAUUCCCUGUUACUGUUAAAUAGUAUUUAAACCAUUCUCAAAACACUCCUGCCUAAAUCCAUUGGUUUAUAGUGCACUGAUUCACUGGCUGCUGUUAAGGCAGUUAUUCAUUUUACAUUCUGAUCAUUUCUUAUUUCAGGCUGUGCCCCUUGGCUGUUGAUUUUAUUUUAUUUGUACAAUUUAAAAGCUGGUAGAUGACAAUUCUGGACAAUUUACAAUUAACCAGUAAUAAAUAAAAUCUCCACAAAAAACAGUGA